AUGGGAACAAAAAAAGGCAUGACCACACAAGCAGCCCAAAGGGCACGCAACCACGCCACAAACAAGGGCACGCAACCACGCCACAAACAAGGGCACACAACCACGCCACAAACAAGGGCACGCAACCACGCCACAAACAAGGGCACACAACCACGCCACAAACAAGGGCACGCAACCACGCCACAAACAAGGGCACACAACCACGCCACAAACAAGGGCACGCAACCACGCCACAAACAAGGGCACACAACCACGCCACAAACAAGGGCACGCAACCACGCCACAAACAAGGGCACACAACCACGCCACAAACAAGGGCACGCAACCACGCCACAAACAAGGGCACGCAACCACGCCACAAACAAGGGCACGCAACCACGCCACAAACAAGGGCACGCAACCACGCCACAAACAAGGGCACGCAACCACGCCACAAACAAGGGCACACAACCACGCCACAACAAGGGCACGCAACCACGCCACAAACAAGGGCACACAACCACGCCACAAACAAGGGCACGCAACCACGCGACAAACAAGGGCACGCAACCACGCCACAAACAAGGGCACGCAACCACGCCACAAACAAGGGCACGCAACCACGCCACAAACAAGGGCACGCAACCACGCCACAAACAAGGGCACGCAACCACGCCACAAACAAGGGCACGCAACCACGCCACAAACAAGGGCACGCAACCACGCCACAAACAAGGGCACGCAACCACGCCACAAACAAGGGCACGCAACCACGCCACAAACAAGGGCACGCAACCACGCCACAAACAAGGGCACGCAACCACGCCACAAACAAAGGCACGCAACCACGCCACAAACAAGGGCACUCAACCACGCCACAAACAAGGGCACGCAACCACGCCACAAACAAGGGCACACAACCACGCCACAAACAAGGGCACGCAACCACGCCACAAACAAGGGCACGCAACCACGCCACAAACAAGGGCACACAACCACGCCACAAACAAGGGCACACAACCACGCCACAAACAAGGGCACGCAACCACGCCACAAACAAGGGCACGCAACCACGCCACAAACAAGGGCACGCAACCACGCCACAAACAAGGGCACGCAACCACGCCACAAACAAGGGCACGCAACCACGCCACAAACAAGGGCACGCAACCACGCCACAAACAAAGGCACGCAACCACGCCACAAACAAGGGCACGCAACCACGCCACAAACAAGGGCACGCAACCACGCCACAAACAAGGGCACACAACCACGCCACAAACAAGGGCACGCAACCACGCCACAAACAAGGGCACGCAACCACGCCACAAACAAGGGCACACAACCACGCCACAAACAAGGGCACACAACCACGCCACAAACAAGGGCACACAACCACGCCACAAACAAGGGCACGCAACCACGCCACAAACAAGGGCACGCAACCACGCCACAAACAAGGGCACGCAACCACGCCACAAACAAAGGCACGCAACCACGCCACAAACAAGGGCACGCAACCACGCCACAAACAAGGGCACGCAACCACGCCACAAACAAGGGCACGCAACCACGCCACAAACAAGGGCACGCAACCACGCCACAAACAAGGGCACGCAACCACGCCACAAACAAGGGCACGCAACCACGCCACAAACAAGGGCACGCAACCACGCCACAAACAAGGGCACGCAACCACGCCACAAACAAGGGCACGCAACCACGCCACAAACAAGGGCACGCAACCACGCCACAAACAAGGGCAUGCAACCACGCCACAAACAAGGGCACACAACCACGCCACAAACAAGGGCACGCAACCACGCCACAAACAAGGGCAUGCAACCCCGCCACAAACAAGGGCACGCAACCACGCCACAAACAAGGGCAUGCAACCCCGCCACAAACAAGGGCAUGCAACCCCGCCACAAACAAGGGCACGCAACCACGCCACAAACAAGAGCACGCAACCACGCCACAAACAAGGGCACGCAACCACGCCACAAACAAGGGCACACAACCACGCCACAAACAAGGGCACACCGGAACUCACAGGAACCGGAUAUAUGGAGCACGCGGGAACCCCCCCCCCCCCCGCCCACACACGCACCUGCGCAACCACACUCCACAUCCACGCACACAAACGGACACAUCCACGCACACAAACGGACACAACCACGCCACAAACGGACACAUCCACGCACACAAACGGACACAUCCACGCACACAAACGGACACAACCACGCCACAAACGGACACAUCCACGCACACAAACGGACACAUCCACGCACACAAACGGACACAACCACGCCACAAACGGACACAUCCACGCACACAAACGGACACAUCCACGCACACAAACGGACACAUCCCCACAACACAUAG